AUGGCUAUGCCCCAAAGUCGAAGCCGCGUGAACAUGAUGGGGAUGUCUCUGCCUGGGUUGGCAUCCACAUUGGAUGGCUGCAUCGACUGGUCAGUGGACCUCAAGACAUACAUGGCCCUGGUAGGAGAGCCGGUCCGAGUGAAAUGUGCCCUGUUCUACAGUUACAUUCGCACCAACUACAGCACAGCACAGAGCAUGGGCCUCAGGCUCAUCUGGUACAAGAACAAAGGGGACCUCGAAGAACCUAUCAUCUUCUCUGAGGUCCGAAUGAGCAAGGAAGAAGACUCCAUCUGGUUUCAUUCGGUAGAGGCCCAAGACAGUGGGUUCUACACUUGUGUUUUAAGAAACUCAACCUAUUGCAUGAAGGUGUCUAUGUCCUUGACGGUGGCAGAGAAUGAAUCUGGACUGUGCUACAAUAGCCAAAUCCGCUAUUCGGAAAAAUCGGAAGUCACAAAAAGAAAAGAGAUUGUCUGCCCGGACAUGGAUGAUUAUAGAACCGCUGAGCAGGAACCGGAUGUUGUGUGGUACAAGGAAUGCAAGCCCAAAAUGUGGAGGAGCAUAAUUAUACAGAAAGGCAAUGCUCUUCUCAUCCAGGAGGUCCAAGAGGAAGAUGGAGGAAAUUACACUUGCGAACUCAAGUACGAAGGAAAGCUGAUCCGGCGUACGACAGAACUCAAAGUCACAGCGUUACUCACAGACAAACCUCCCAAACCAUUGUUCCCCAGGGAGAAUCAGCCAAGUGUUAUUGAUGUCCAGCUGGGUAAGCCUCUCAACAUCCCAUGCAAAGCCUUCUUUGGAUUCAGCGGUGAGUCGGGGCCAAUGAUCUACUGGAUGAAAGGAGAGAAGUUUAUUGAAGAGCUGGCAGGCCAUAUUAGAGAAGGUGAAAUCAGACUUCUCAAAGAACAUCUUGGAGAAAAGGAAGUGGAAUUAACCCUGACCUUCGAUGCUGUGGUUGAGGCAGAUCUAGCUAAUUACACCUGCCAUGUGGAAAACAGAAAUGGACGAAAACACGCCAGCAUUCUGUUGCGUAAAAAAGAUUUAAUCUACAAGAUUGAGCUGGCGGGAGGCCUGGGAGCAAUCCUCCUCCUUCUUGUGCUGCUUACCAUCAUCUAUAAAUGCUACAACAUCGAGUUGCUGCUUUUCUACCGACAGAACUUUGGAAGCAACGAAGACGCAGAUGACAACAAGGAGUACGACGCCUACCUCUCUUAUACAAAAGUCGAUCCUGAUGCUUUAGACUGUGAUAACAACGAGGAAGAACAAUUUGCUCUCGAAAUACUACCGGAUGUCCUAGAAAAACAUUAUGGCUAUAAGCUCUUCAUCCCAGAUAGAGACCUGAUUCCCAGUGGAACCUAUAUUGAAGAUCUCACAAGAUGUGUCGAGCAAAGCAGAAGACUUAUUAUCGUGCUCACUCCGGACUAUGUUCUCAGGAGAGGAUGGAGUAUUUUUGAGCUAGAGACCAGGCUCCACAGCAUGCUGGUCAGUGGAGAAAUCAAAGUUAUCUGGAUCGAGUGCACCGAAUUAAAAGAGAAAGUGAAUUGCCGCGAAGUGGAACUGCUGAAGAGAAACAUCAAGCUUCUGUCGCUGGUCAAGUGGAAAGGCACCGAGAGCAGCAAACUGAAUUCGAAGUUUUGGAAGCACUUGGUGUAUGAGAUGCCCAUCAAGAAAAAAGUGACACUGUCUCGCCGCCAAGUCCUGGACUCGGCAGAGCAAGGCCUUUUUGGAGAGCUGCAGACCGCACCCUCGAUUGCCGUCACCAGCACCUCUGCUGCAUUGGUAGCCUCUCAGGCCGAUCUGAGCGAUUUCCACCAAACGGAUUCAAUGCCAAUGAGACACUGUUGCAGAAGUUACAAUUAUGAGAUGCCAACGUCCUCUUUGCCGAUAGCUUCUCUAGGGUCCCACCACCACACAUACUGCAACAUACCCUUAACACUGCUUAACGGACAACUACCUCUAAAUAAUGCCGCAAAGAACGCCCCCGAAUUUCAUAGGAACAGCCCUCUGCUGCCUUUGUCAUCCAAGGAGCUUAGCUUUACCAGCGAUAUUUGGUAA